AUGAAGGCCGCUUUCGUUGUCGCAUUCGUGGUUGGCGCCGCCAUGGCCGCCGUCAUUCCCGCCAGAGGUAUUUCGGACCUGCCCAUGGCUCGCGACAACCUUCCGCCGAAGCAAGCACUAACAAUACGCGACUCGAUAGCCGUGGACUCUGACGAGGCCAUCGUGUACCCUGCGCAAGUCGACCAGUCUUGGGUAGAUGCUCAAAAGAGGUCGCAAGAUUCGGAUGAGGCGGUCGUAUAUCCCGCCCAGGUCGACCAGUCCUGGGUCGAUGCUCAGAAGCGCUCUUCGCAAGAUUCCGACGAGGCCGUCGUGUAUCCCGCCCAGGUUGACCAGUCUUGGGUGGACGCUCAGUAG